UCCAGAUUGGAGCUAUACAUGUUAUGUAUUGUAGCUGCGUAAUAACAGCUUCAUCGACUGACAUUCUCGGCUAGAAGACUGAUAAAGAUCGCUAGCCGACUUGCAACAUCCCGUUCGGAUCGAGCCCCGUCCUCGUCGAGACUUUCUCUGACCGCCCAGCCGCAACGCGAUUAAGAUGAAGAAUCGUAAGCAGAAGGUCCGGGCGCCUGGGGUGACCACAGCCGACCCAACAAGGCCCAGUCUCGCUGGGCUGCCCUAUGAGAUCCAAUUACUCAUCUUUGAAGCUGCUCUGGGCAUCCAAGUCUUCUUCGUAGAGAUCGCCAACAACACGUUGACCAUUUCUCGGUCAGCAGGCAAGGCCCUCGGCCUGGCCUGCCGUCUGUCACGGGCGAUCUACACGAGCGAGAGGAUCCUUUGCCAGUUUGGCGACAAGGUCCAUUGGGUUGAUCCCGAGGGCGACAUCUUCUACCUCUACAAGGACGACGAACGACCCCGCAUCCCGUGGUCGCGUGAAUCCGAUGUCAUGCCCGAGCUGGUCGACAACAACAUUGAUCGAGCGGUCAUUCGCAAUGUGGCUGUUGACCUCCAAUACUUGGGCGUGCACCCACGGUUCCUGCCAUUGAUCCGCAUCUGGUCUCUGUUCAGUUCUCUGACAACAAUACACAUUUUCGUCCCGAAGGGUCCAGUACGAACCAAGGCCUUAGCAGCGACGCCGGAUACCCUGCUUUUAUCCGACAUGCCCAAGAACCAGAUCGUCGCUGCCCCCGACGCCGACCUUGAGCACUGGCUAGCCGUCAAGUACCAGGUCAUCAGAGCAUGCAACAGGAUGCUGGAUACCGAGGCUGGCUGGCACACCCGGUCCAAGCCCGAUGUGGUCGGCCACUUGACGAGCUUGUGGCAACCUUUACCUGACAACCUUGGUGAAGGAGGGUCGUCUGCGGUUGGCGGGGAUGACGAUGUUGAGCGGAUGAACGUGCACACGGAGGAUGCCCGUGGCUGAUCAAGCUGCUCCGAUCUUCCUCGGAACGGACAGAGAUGGAAGCCUAAAUCUAUGGUAUCCCCAUCGUCGACCAUCUUGUUUCCUACCACAGCAACCUCGGGAACCUAGCAAGGACUAUGCCUCCAUUUGCGUGCUUAUUUCUCGCGACCACAGCGAGCAGCCACCGGUGUCGGACGUUUGGACUUGCAAGCAUACCGCUCGCGCAG